AUGGGGAAAAUGGAGAUGUUCCGUUUUAUCCUUGUCUCCACUGCUCUGAUAAUGGGCAGGGAAAGCUGGGCUCUUGAGAACUGUUCCCAGGAGCAGGCACGGCUAAGAGCCCAGGUGCACCUGCUUGAGACCCGGGUCAAACAGCAACAGGUCAAGAUCGCGCAGCUUUUACAAGAGAAGGAGGUCCAGCUCCUUGAUAAAGGAGAUGAAAAUAGUGUCAUUGACCUUGGAGGCAAGAGGCAGUAUGCAGAUUGCUCAGAGAUUUUCAAUGAUGGGUACAAACGCAGUGGAUUUUACAAAAUCAAACCUCUCCAGAGCCCAGCAGAAUUCUCUGUUUAUUGUGACAUGUCCGAUGGAGGAGGAUGGACUGUAAUUCAGAGACGAUCUGAUGGCAGUGAGAAAUUCAACAGAGGCUGGAAUGACUAUGAAAAUGGCUUUGGAAAUUUUGUCCAAAAAAAUGGUGAAUAUUGGCUGGGUAAUAAAAAUCUUCACUUAUUGACCACACAAGGAGACUACACUUUAAAAAUCGACCUUGCAGAUUUUGAAAAAAAUACCCGUUAUGCACAAUACAAAAAUUUCAAAGUUGGAGAUGAAAAGAAUUCCUAUGAGUUGAAUAUUGGGGAAUAUUCUGGAACAGCUGGAGACUCCCUUUCAGGGAAUUUCCAUCCUGAGGUUCAGUGGUGGGCUAGUCACCAAAGGAUGAAAUUCAGCACAUGGGACAGGGAUAAUGACAACUACAAAGGGAACUGUGCAGAAGAAGAUCAGUCUGGCUGGUGGUUUAACAGGUGUCACUCUGCAAACCUGAACGGUUUAUACUACAGAGGCCCCUACGUGGCUGACACAGACAAUGGGGUUGUCUGGUACACCUGGCAUGGGUGGUGGUAUUCUUUGAAAUCUGUGGUUAUGAAAAUUAGGCCAAAUGAUUUUAUUCCAAAUAUCGUUUAA